ACCACACUACAAACACCGAAUGAGGCGUGGCGAUUAACUGGGCGGGAAACUUUUCAAGUUAUAACUAGUGUUUUGCCCAUUCCCCAUUUUCUGUCUCUGCAUUUUCCUCCCUCCUACGCUUCACGGCAUCCACUCUGGAAUACCUGCCAUUCUUGCGCCAAAUUUCUACCAGAAGCCAAACCAGGGUUUGAAAAUGGCAUUUCGCGCCAGCAACCGGCCUCGGGCAAGGAAGCCCAUUGUUCCUUCGGAAGAUCCCAAGGCUGUGUUUGUGGUGAUUAGACAGACAGAGAGCGAGGGAGGCACCUCAAGGGUUUCUGUUCGCGGUGUCCAUCCGACAGAAGAGCAGGCUUACAGCGCCGCCAUUGCAGACUUUAUUUACGGCCUGGAACAGGAGGACCGUUCAAUGCUGCCAAAAGUGCGUGAGAUUGGGAAGACGAAAACCCUAUCCCUCAAAGAUCGCCUGAAAAGCGUGCAGAGCUGUCAGGAUCCUACCGGGGAGCGUGUCGAGUUCGUGGUGAAGAAAUCUCUUGCUUUUCACGAGUUGAAAGAGUUGGGGUCGGAAGAAUUUCUCAGCGAACCCUUGAUGCCCUGCUCCUACUGGGAUUCCAGCGACGAGGAAAACUACGACCCUGAGGAAGACGAGGAAGAGGAUGACGAUGAUGAGGAUGAGGAGGACGAGGACGAAGACAUGGCGGACCUGGUUAACGAAGAAGAGGCAUUGCAGGGUAUCGAAGGAUCUGGUUCCAAGCAUGACGACGAAGGAAAAAAAGAUUAAAGUGCGGGGAAUGGAAAACAGUUUUGGGGUUUUUAUGUUUCUAUUUCUGUACCUUUUGGAGAGUUUUAAAGCUCUCCAUUCUGCAUUUUGUAUGAUGGAAUUUGGAAUGGAAUAGAAUCGAAUAAUUACUCUAGUAA